GUUAGUUUGACAACUCUUGUCAGGUUUCUUGUUUGGUGCUAGCUAGAUUAUUUUCAUUUCUGACUUUCAUCCUGAUAAAAUAGCAAAAUACUCUAUUUUUUACUUAUAUCCUCAAAAUGCUAUUGAUCUGUUGUAUUUAGCUUAGUGCUAGGACAUUUAUAAUCAUGAAUCGAGUUCAAAGCGGUACUGCUCCACCACCAGGUGGAAAAGGCAAGGCAAAAGACUGGCAGUUGGAAAUUCUUAUGGAAAAACUAAGAUCUAAAGCUGCUCAAUACAAAACCUUGCCAGAGAUAUCAAAGAAUGUUCGAAUGAAUCUUCUAGAAAAACGAUACGCUUUGGAUAGUGUAGAGAAGAGCCAACAUCAAAAAUGUCUGGAUACAUUACAACAUUCCAUAAAAGUCACUUCUUUGCAGAGUAUGGUUGAACGAUUAGAGAGUCUUACUAGACAACUUGGCUUGAAAUUUGUGGUAGAACCAGCUGGUGUAUUCAUAUCAUCUGAUAUGUUCUAUCUUGAAAUAGUGUUAGAGCCAACAGGGGCUGUGAAAGAUGUAAAAAUUCACCAUGAAGGCAAACAAGAACAACAAAGCUGUACAGAGCUAGUAAACUGCCUUUCAAAAGGAGAUUUUGCUGACUUUACUGCACAGUUAGAAGGAUUUGCAUCUAUCUACCAGCUAAAUGCUGAGAAGAAAGUAAAAUGUAAAGCUUUCACAGCUUUAGAAUCACUAGAAGCUGAUCUAAGUACCUUAGCUCAGCUACAAAUGUUUAUGAAGGAGCCCUUCAAUCUCAUCCACAAAUCUCCAGUUGGCAUUUUGGAGAAAAGGAAAGGUGGGCACCCUAUGAAGUUAACAUAUUUUGUCUCACCUUAUGAUUUAAUAAAUGUGGAAAAGAAUGAUUUGGACCCAAUAAAUAUAGAGACAAUUUUAAGCAAAGGGUUAGGUUAUAGUGUUACAGUUUGUAUGGAAGGUUCAGCUGCUCACAAAUUGCAAACUACUACUUUGAUUACCAUCAAUAGGAGUAUAAAUGGUAAAGGCACCCCAUCUUACACAAGUCUGUCGAACCAGAAUAGUGCAGUAAUUCCAGCUUGUUUUGUUCUAAAGUUGAAUAAACCAAUGCCAAUGUGUCUUUCGUUAGUAAGGCAGAUUCAACAACUGCAACAGUGGUCUGAUAUUGAUAAUGUUCCUCAACAACCACUGCUCAACCUUAUUGUUACACACUGUAGUGAAGGGAAAGUACACUCUGCUAAUAACAAGGGCAUGUUUGUCAAUCUUCCUGACCAGAAUCACUGUUACUUCAUGACAGAAAAUAAAAAUAUGGAUGGAGUUUUAGUAACAAGUAUACCAUUCACGCAUCCAGCACAUGUGGCAAAUAUUCUGUCCAUUCUGAGAGAACAAGCUCUUUUCAAUAUAAUUAUCAGUAGCUGUGUUCGACCCAACAGUAAACAAGAUUUUGAUAACAUCACUAUGUUUGAAAUCAGUGCAUUGUCUUCCAAACAUAUCUCUGUAUCCUUGGAACAUCCCAUAGAAGAAAGUAUGGCAACAGCAGAAAUUGAUCUCACAGACAUUUCCAAUCUUGUGUGUCGGGUUAGCGACCCAUCUGGGGCACCAGAUUCUGCUUCUGAGCUGGCAACCAGAGUUCUGAAUAGGAGUUUCAGUUUACCAGUAACGAUGCGUGCCAUUUUGAAGAUGUGGGAAAGACAGAGUGUAGGCAGGACAAAUCAUUUCAGUGGACAUGAAAAUUUUAGUUUACCCCUCGGUUCUGGCGACCCCGGAGGGCACAAAGAUUCAACUGGGAAUAACCUGGCAGAAUUCGGGGGGUUAAACGACAAGAUCAAGCAAGAACCUUCCAGUAACGGCGGCCAUACGAUGAUGAUGCAAGCUAACCAGGGCAUGUUCCUUAAUGAAUCCAUCAUGGCGUCGAAUUUUCAAAAUUUCCCACCUUCCGAUGGGGUGCUGACCAACAUAGAACUAGCUAAUAUUCUGUCAGAUACUCCCGAGAACAUUCCCUCAGCGUCCAAGGGCAAGCGGAAGGUGGGAUCCGAAGAUGCAGAACCAAUGGACAGCAACGAUUCUACACAGUCGAUGUUGCAAGAUGCCGCAGAAGCGACUGAGGAAUCCAAUUCGAUGGAUAAACUUGAUGAGGAUGAUGAUGCGGAUGAAGACGAAGAAAUUGCUGAAAUAGGUCUUUUCUCAGGCGAUCUCACUGAGAAACAGCGCAAAUCCCAAAGCCGUUCGCCCAGUGUGGACCUCUCCGAGAAAUCAUCUCCGCUGGUGGCACCGUCCACCGUAAGCAUCACUCCGAUCUCGUCGUCCAAUCCGUCUGCAGGUGGUUCAAGCACCUUUAGCGUAAGUACCACCAAGGAUAAACGAGACGCUGCGCCUGCAGUUCCCAGUUCGGUUACGAUCACUGCCAUUACUACUACGCAAGCGAAGUCAACGUCUUCAUCUUCCGAAGAGAAGUCUAAGGAGAAGAAGAGCAGCAAGAGUAGCAAGGAGGAUAAGAAUAAGCUAGAAAAGAAGCGCAAGCGGAAACGCGAGGAGAGCCCUAUGGGCCCCCCAGAGAAAGUCCCUCACAAGGACCCGUUAAGCAAACCAUCAACGAUCAGCGUAAAGGCCGCAUCAGAAUCACCUCCUAUAGGUGGGACUUCUACUCCCACGUCCCCCAGCAUGAUGCGCAAAUUCAACAGUUCUCCCACUUCGAAUCGUUCAGUGUCCUCCGUCAGCGGAAAGUUGAGUCCCAGCCUGAUGAAAUCCGGCUCGAAAAGUGGGUCUUCGUCGUCGCAUCAGAGUCCCAAACAUUCGCCUGCGCAUGUGCCUAGCAGCCCUAAGCACAGCCUGGCGGGGAUUUCCAGCCCCAAACAUCACGGAGCAUCGCCAAAGCACCCGUCUGCGAGCGGGUCUGGGAAACCCAGCAUGUCGACCUUGAAAAGUGCCGCGAAUUCGCCAUCGUCUGGCAAAUCGUCCGGCAGCGGCGGGGAAUCCAAGAGCAGCAAAUCAGGGUCGAAGGAAGGCAGUGGUGGUGGGAGUAGCGGGAGCAGCAGUGGCAGUAGGGAUAAGGACAAGAAAGCAUCCAGUGUGUUCGGCGUUAGCAACUCCAAGAAUAAGAGCGCUUCACUCAAAGUUGUUAUCACAUCAGUCAAACCAUUGGAAGGAGGCAGCUCUGGCAGCGGAGGCGGUGCAGAAGCGCCAUCUAGUGGCACGCCCGACAGUCUGCCGUCGCCGAGCAGUGGCGGGAACAGCGCUGAUGCCAAAUCGAGUGCGAAUCAAGCCAGGAAUCGCAAGGGAUCUUUGUCGGCGAUCGUUGAUAAGUUAAAGGUAAACGCUCAGCAUUGUGACAUGGCCACCGACUUGAGCAGCAAAUCUAGCACCGGCGGGGGAAGUACCGGUAGCGGCGGUAGCACCAGCAGCAGCAGCAACAGCGCAAAUCGUACUAGUGGAGGGGGAACCAGUGGAGGAGGAGCGACAACUAAGACUGCAAGUGGAGGGGGAGAUUCGAAAAGUGGCGGGAAAACGGGAGAUGUCAAGAACUCUGAGUAUAUGGUCAAGCCUAGCUCGGAUGGGAUGAAGAUUACGAUUAAUAAGACCAGGACUAAGGAGAGUUCGUCGUCGUCUUCUGGGGCUAAGUCGUCCGGGUCCAGUGGUGUUAACAAGGGUAGUAUAGGUACAGGUUCGCCGAAAACCCAUACGGGCCUGAAACCCGGAGUAAACGCAGGUCCCGCCUCGAAAAAAACCCAACAGUUGCACAAAUCGGGCACUUCUAUUUCGAAUUCAGCAACAGGGUAUGCCGGAAGUGGUGGGGGGAAUAGUAGCAGUGGCAACACCGCAGGAUCGGGGAACAGCGGAGGAACUGGCAACAGUGGAGGCAGCACAGGCGGUACAAAGAUGUCUUCCAGCAGUCUGAGCAGCGGCAGUAGCCUAUCGAAAUCCGCGUCGAAAUUCGGAGGUUCCCCAAAGACUAGUUCGAGUGCCACGGAUUUGAGCAGGAGUAGCAAGGACAGGUUGAAACCUACAAAAAGCAAUUCAGAAAAGUCGAUAUUUUCAUCGAUGAAAGACAGAAAGUCCAGUCCAACUCCUAGUCGAGAUGAUGUGGAUAGUAUUUAUAGGUUAUCUCAAGCGAGUCUGAUGGAAGGUAUGAUGAAGACGUUGGAUAAAAACUUUCAAAUACCAAAACUCUCUGCGAGAGUAUCGGAAGAAAAAAAGAAGAACGAAAUGAACAACAUCAACAGGAGCACAGUGGAUACGAAAUUUUUCGACACGAUGUCGAAAAACGAUCUGUCGAUACCGAAGUACCCGAUGGCCAUAUCUACGAACAAACCGUACGAAAAUAGUGUGGAUCAGAAGAUGAGGAACAGUAUGAACAGCAUGAAUCCGAUGAAUUUAGGCAACAAAAUGAUAGAUGAUGAAGAUAAGAAGAAGGAUAUGCCUCAAAAUCUAUCAAGUUCGCAAGGCAAAGACCUGGAUUUGCUGAAAUCCACCUACCCGGAACCGCUAAGUCUGUCCACAAAAUCCGUGGAUCUAACCUCAAAAUUCGCAGCGGCGGCCGCCGUAACUACGCCCCUUUCGAAGCCGGGCGACGAUUCGUCGACGGCCAGCGGAGGGGCGGCGCUAGAUUACACGAAAGCGUCGUCAGGCCAAUCAGCGGCCGUCGGCGCUUCGGUAGUACCGCCUUCCGUCAGUGUGCACAUAGUCAAGUCGCCGGGGGGCAGACCUGGGGGACACUCCGCCCCUUCUCCGUGUAUCACGGACGACGAGUUGAUGGACGAGGCUGUCGUGGGCAUUGGCAAGUAGAAGACAGAACAGGGCAGACAGAUAAAAAAAGCUGAAAACGGUAGAAUCAGAAAAAAAAAGGUAGAUUUUAAAAAUCAUGACAAUGGACCAGUGAAAAGCAUAAUUGAAGAAUGCUAGAUCGGUUAGCAGGAUGCUUUAGCAGGGUUUCUGAGUCUACUAACUCAAACAAGCAGCAAUAUGCACUAUUUUAUUGAACAAUAUCGUAGACUUGGAUGUCUAAGAGCAGCGUAUAUAUGAUCGAACCAAAGAAUACAAAGUUACCAUUAGAAUGAACACUCGCGAAAAAACCUUUGAUCUUCCGACUUCUAAAGAUGCCGACAUUUUUCUAGGAUCUCGGAUCCUUUUUUUAGGUGCCUCACUAGAAGAAUUUUGGAAGAAUCUCCUUUGUCAAUUGAACCUUGAGCAUUAGUUUGAGAAAAACGGAUUCCAAAUAUGCUGGAAUAACAAUAUGUAUAUGAAUUGAUGAAUGAACUUUGACACUGAUGCUUGUUUAUAUUAUAUUGAAUGAAUGUAACAAUAAACUGUUUGAAUUGUGUCUUAAUGAAUUUGCUUGAUUGCCACGCCCGUCAGCUUGAUGGUCGGCGCGUGAAUGUGUCGUUCCUCGGGCGGUGUUGCCAGAUGUGUGCAGAAGUUGCCUUGCCAGACCUAAACUUAAUUCAAAAACUAUUUAUUAAGGUUGAGCAAUAAACCUAAUCAGAAUAUUUUUCUGAGCAUAUCGUCGCCCUAAUAAGAAAACUGCCUAAGUCCAGUUCAGCAAAUUUUACAGGAGAGACAAAAAAGUAUUUGUAGAAAUAAUUUACCAUAAGGAUAUUGAUUUUAUGCACCUAACCAUUUUGCAAUGGUAUAAUUAGUAGGCUAGCAAUCCGUUUUUCAUUACAUUUAUUAUUUUUCACACUCAACGUGGAGUUAGGCCAAUAUCUGCUUAAUAUUUGAUAAUAAGAGAGGAGAUAGGCAAAUUUCUAUCAUUCCAGAAAUACACGAAAGAAACUUGAAAAAAUCAAUUUUUAUUUAUUUAAAAAUCAAAAUAAAACAUUUCUUUAUUAUAAAAAAUAUAAGACCAGCAAGAAAUUGCACAAAUAAGAAUGAGAUCCACAUCAAUGGCAAAAUGAAAAUGAAAUAAGUAAUUCUAACUCACAAGAACGCUAAACAUUGUCAUGCAUGAGGUAGGUUGAGAUAAAAAUUAUGAUACUCUUUAUCUAUGCCUUUCAUGAGUACCAUGAGGUGUUGGUAUUUUUCUUUUUUAAUUUUCAAUCUCCUCUCAUACAGCCUAGGUAAGGUACCAUAAUUAAUGUCGUUGGGAAUAGAUUUCACAACCCUUCUGGGGAGAUCACUCCAAAGAUUCUCUGAGUGUCGCAAUUUAAAUUGAAUUGAGCCAUCUUCAUAUUUUAAAGAUUUGAUAUCAACUACCAUUGGGUCGCCCGCAGUUUUGCCUGGUCGAAUAGAGCUGUAGUAUUGGACAGUUGAAAAGUUUUUGAAGAAAUCAUGAGUCAAAUAAUUGACAUUGUAUGGAAAUGGAUUGCUUCGUGCUCUUAGACAUAUUUCAAUAUAAUCUGCUGGUAAAUUUAUCUUUACUUUUCUUACUAUUCUUUCUAUAGCUGAAUGAACAGAGUCUACCUCCAUUUGCGUGUGACCCUUCAAAAGAUAUUUUUGCAAAAUUAUCACUUUGUGCAAUGUCGCAACGUGGAGGAGUGCAUUGCUUAGAGUUACGUUACGGUUCUGACCUGUGCAACCAUCGCUGUAAAUAAUCAUCUUUUUGGAACGAUCCAGUGUGGGAAUGACCUCUGUUUCUAGGAAAUGUACAAGAAUUGAAGAGAAUUCGUUUGAGGUCAGCUGUCCUUCAGCCUCAUUCCAUAGAUAGCAGUAAACCUCUUUGGUUUUUAAGUUAUAAAUUGUAUAAUUAUGCAAGAUAAGUUUAGUUUUGUAGUACAUAUUUAACACAUUGGUUUUGGGGCUCAGUAGAACAGAUUGUAAAUCUACAGCAAACACAACUGCAUCGCUGGAUAGCUUAUCUGCGGCCUUUUCUGCCCUAGCUUCUUCUUUUAAUUCUUGAUGUAGCUUAUAGUUUUCUGCAUUAACAUUAGAUGUGCGGUAACCGACACAAACAUCGCACUCAUCCUUUUUUGGACGAAAAAGCGAAAGAUUAAAUGUUGUAUCAAACUUUGCCUGUGAAACUGGUUGUACCUUAUUCUCUAUGCAGUACUCAGACUUAUAAAAUUUGUAAAGAGACGCUUUUGAAAUCCACAGCGGCUCCAGAUAUACUUUCUUACUGGUUGCUCUGCAGUAAUGACUUUCCAUCUUUGCAAGGCUGCCGAAAAACUGUAAAACUCCAGUAUUAGAUGAUUCCAGUUUAGCCUGUUUAACAAUGCUUUUUCUGUUUAUCGAUGGACCUUCUGUUAUCUCAGUACUUUCUAUGUUUUCUAAAUGUUCCUUAACCCACUCAACCACAGUUCUUCCCUUCAGUCCCGAUAAACAUAUUCUUGCAAACCAUAACAUCCUCUAGACCGUUUUUCAAAUAUUCGAAUAAUUUCUACGGGAAAUAUCAUUGGUUCCCCGUCUUCUCUUAACUUUAUCGAUCUUCACGAAACCUUUCACAAACAUUUUUUUCUCAGGCCAGGACAUUUUAUUCCAAAAUGUAUUAAAAAUCUUUCGCCGUCGCUCUUCCCCAAUGGUGCUACAUUUAAACUUUGUUUCCCCCUUCUUUCCCCUCUUGCAGUGACAUGGAUCAGCUAAAAACCUACUGGGCCUCGGUCGAUCAUAUGUCCAACCUUCUGGUUGUUUCUUUUUGCCUUUAUACUGCACUCCCUUUUCCCUCUUCCUCUGGUUAAUCUUCUGAUCCCAGUCCCUCAGAGAAUUUUUAACGUUUGAUCUGCUUCUUACUGUUAUUUCAGUGAUCCUGUUGGGAUUUUCUGUAGUUUUCGCGAUUAUUUCCAUAUUAUUUUCCACUGUGUUCAGGUGACUUUCAAUUUCGUCUUCUUUUCGUACCUCAAAAGCGUUAGAUUUUUCUGCCGCAUUACUGAUUUCUUCCUCCAAAAUCUGAAGAUUUUCAUCGACAAUUUCUAAAAUCUGCUCGUCAGACAUUACGCACAAUGCGGAAAUGUCAUUUUCUAGAAUCAGUCGACUCGUAUCAGAAAUAUUGCUUGUUUUUAACGAAACAGUUGUGUCAACACCGAGUUCUACGUGGUUAUCUAUGGUUAAAUCCAUAUCCGUAUUCUGAACUGUAUUUAUCUCCUAGAGGAGUGUUUUUCGUCAUGAGAACCAUCUGCAUGGCUCGGGAAACAGGUCUGCAUCUGAAAUUAAGC